AUGACUCACAAACCAAUCAUCAUUCUGAGCCUGGCGUUUCUUUGUAACUGUUGUAUAAGUGGAAAAAUAACAUGUAGUCGGAAAUUGGUGGAAGAAUGGAGCCCACAACCCUCAUCAUAUGUAGUGAAUUGGACGCUAACAGAAAACAUCUGCAUGAACGUCUACAAAGAUUGCUGGGAUUUUGGUAUAAACACUAAAAUGGGCACGUCAGAUGAUCACAUUGUUCCCCAGAUUUGCCCUUUGCAAAUUCAAGUAGGAGACAUCCUUGUUAUUUCUUCUGAACCAUCUCUUCAAUCUCCAGAAAUAAAUGUGAUGAAUGUUUCUGAAGCAUCUUUCAUUGACUGUGUGCAAAAUACCACAACUGAAGAUCAGCUGCUUUUUGGUUGCAAACUAAAAGGAAAGCACACUGUUAACUCCCAGUGGCUGAGUGCUGGGACACAUUAUUUUAUCACAGUAAUGGCAAGUGGUCCGUCCCUUUGUCAACUGGGACUUCGACUAAAUGUGACAGUCAAACAGCAGUUCUGCCAGGAAUCUCUAAGUUCAGCGUUUUGUUCUGGUCGUGGAAAAUGCCUUAGUGAAGUUUGGGACAAGACAUACAGAUGCCACUGUCAGCCUCCAUUUUCUGGAAAAUACUGCCAGGAACUUGAUGCAUGUUCUUACAAACAAUGUAAAAAUUAUGGCAGUUGCAUUAAUUAUGGAGAAAAGUGGAAUAAGCAAGGAUAUGAAUGUAUCUGUCACCCACCAUUUACAGGGAGCAAUUGUUCAGAAGUAAUUGGCCAAUGUGAACCGAAUAUCUGUUUCCAUGGAAACUGCAGCAAUAUUACUGCACAGAGUUUCAUUUGUGAAUGUGAUGAACACUUUUCAGGUCCAUUCUUUGAGGAGUCUGCAAAACCUGAUGUUUCUGAGUCUUGUUGGAAAGGAGGAAUUUGCCAAAAUAGCAGCUCUGUUUACAACUGCAAAUGUUUAAAAGGAUUUCUCAGUGAACAAUGUGAAACUGACAUCAAUGAGUGUUCAUCAAUACCAUGUCAAAAAGGCACUGACUCCAUCAGUGUCCCAAAGGAUUUUACGUGCGUCUGCUCACCCCUAUUUACAGACAAGCUUUGUAAGAGAAUUCAAACAUCACUCGAGUCAUUUCCUUGGAAGAAUAAUGUCACAUGUAUGAACUGUGAGAAAGGUUAUCAUUGCAGUUGCAUGCUAGGAUUUACUGGAAAAAACUGUGAGAAAGUAAUUGACCACUGUAGACUGGUCAGCAUCAGCUGUCUGAAUGAAGAAUGGAGUUUCAAUAUAAUUGGAAGAUUCAGAGUUGCUUGCACUCCGGAGUGUACAAAAAUUUCAUGUUGUUUGGUGAAGAAUAUUUACCGCAUUCACCAGCUCCCCUGCUACUGUGGCACCACCCACCAUGAUAUUCGCCAAGAUAAAGGUCCUUCUCCAUUUGAAUGUGUGUGGCAACUGGGAUUUAUAAGAGCUGAAGGUGAAAAAUGUGAAGUGGAGGUUGCUGUGCACUUUUUUCUAGAUGCAGUUGAUGGGAACAAACCUGAGGAUAUCAAUUAUGCAUGUUGGCUCCCGUGUGAAGGGACGGUCGAGAUUUGUGCAAAUAAAGUCAGUUUGAGUGAAGAAGACAGUGGAGAAUAUUGUCAUCUAUUCAUUCUUGGAUGGGCUGGCAAAAUGUACCUUGAAAAUAUAUCCAACUCUCAAGAAAAGAACUGUCAAUUUGAAGAUAUUUGUAAAGAUGGAAUUAGUAGACCCAGGUGCAACUGUUCUCUAGGGCAUAUUCGCACAUUCCAUAUUGCCAAAGUGGAAUAUUGCUUAGGAAACCAGCGUACAUCAGUACAUGCCCUCUGCCCAGCCGACGUGCACAAUUCUAACUGUAGCUGUCUGCAAAGACAUGGAAGAAACAUCUGUGAAAUCAAAACUGAAGAUUGCAAAUCUGUGCCCGGCAAAAAUGGAUCAACCAGCAUCCAAUGUUUAAGUGGCUAUUUCUUCAGCAAGUGUGUCCCAGGAUUUACAGGUACAAAAUGUGAACUUGAUAUAGAUGAGUGUGCUUCACAUCCUUGCAAGAAUGGAGCCACCUGCAUUGACCAACCUAGUGGUUACCUCUGCCAAUGUGAGCCUCCAUUUAAAGUGGUUGAUGGCUUUGCCUGCUUAUGUAAUCCAGGUUAUGCUGGACCGAGAUGUGAACAGGACAUUGAUGACUGUAUCCUGAAUGCCUGUGAGCACAAUUCUACCUGCAAAGAUCUGCAUCUUAGCUACCAGUGUGUGUGCUUGUCUGGAUGGGAAGGAAAUUUUUGUGAACAAGAAUCCAAUGAGUGCAAAGUGAAUCCUUGCAAGAACAAUUCCACCUGCACUGACCUUUAUGGAAGCUAUCACUGUGAAUGUACCUCUGGAUGGACAGGACAAAACUGCAGUGAAGAAAUAAAUGAAUGUGACUCUGAUCCAUGCAUGAAUGGAGCCCUCUGUCAUGAAUCUACCAUCCCUGGGCAAUUUGUCUGUCUGUGCCCACCCUUUUAUACAGGACAAUUUUGUGAUCAACGCUAUAACCCCUGUGAUCUACUCAAUGGUCCUUGCAGAAACAAUUCAACCUGCUUAGCUUUGGUAGAUGGAAAUCAAUAUUGUAUUUGUAGAAAAGAAUUUGAAGGUGAACACUGUGAAAUUGACAGGAAUGAGUGCCUCUCUCUUCCCUGCCAGAAUUAUGGGGACUGUGAAAAUGGGGUCAACAAUUUCAGAUGUAUUUGCAGACCUGGCUUUUCUGGACUUCUAUGUGAAAUUGAAAUUAAUGAGUGCUCCUCUGAGCCUUGCAAAAAUAAUGGAACCUGCGUGGAUCUGGCAAACAGAUUUUUGUGUAAUUGCAAGCCUGGGUACCAUGGAUCCUUCUGUGAAUUGGGUGUGAGUGAUUGUAAAACCUCGCCCUGUCUAGAUGGAGAAAUCUGUGUCAACAGGAAUGAUGGAUAUAAAUGCCUCUGUGCUACGGGUUACACAGGUAUUGAUUGUAAAGUAAAUAUAGACGAAUGCCUAUCAGAGCCCUGUCUCCACGAUGGAGCUUGUAUUGAUGGUAUCAAUCAUUAUACCUGUCACUGCAAGAGUGAGUUUUUCGGAACACACUGUGAAAUGAAUGCAAAUGAUUGCCUCUCAAAUCCUUGUCUGCAUGAAAGGUGCACAGAUCUCAUUCAGAAUCCAUGUUCUUGUGAUGCAGAAAGGACUAGCACUCAAUGCAAAAUCAGGAUUAAUGAUUGCACGUCAACUCCUUGUAUGAAUGAAGGCUUUUGUCAGAAGUCUGUACAUGGAUUUACUUGUAUUUGCCCACAUGGAUACACUGGUACAUAUUGUGAAAAAAUCAUUGAUAGUUGUGCUGAGCCUGAACUGAAUUCAGUUCUUUGUCUUAAUGGAGGAAUUUGCAUCAGUCGGCCUGGAAACACUUUUGGCUGCAGAUGUCUUCCUGGAUUUUCUGGUCAAUUUUGUGAAAUUAAUAUAAAUGAGUGCUCUUCAUCACCAUGUCUACAUGGCGCAAACUGUGAAGAUCACAGCAAUGGAUAUAUUUGCAAAUGUCAACAAGGCUGGUCUGGACGCCACUGUGAGAACAAACUUGAUGAGUGUAUUCUCGACUCAUGUGCUCCUGGAAUAGGCGUGGAAAAUGAACCUGCCUCGACACGUUCCUGCACAUCUGGACUGAUGACCUGCUCCUCUGGGCUUCGUAGUGGCGAUGAAAUAAACAGAAUUACCUGUUUACCUCUCAUCUCUGGAAGAACAGAUGCCAUUUCUGCACAAACAUAUACAGCGCCCCCUUCUCAGGCUGUAGUCAGUAGCUUUCCAUCUGUAAAGGCUACAAGAAUAUGGACUAUAAUGGAUACUUACCCAGUUGAUCAAGGUAAAUAGAAGCAAACAGAUAUUUUCAAGCAUGAUGUUCUCCCAACAACUGGUUUGGCAGCGUUAAGUAUUACCAUGUCCUUUGAAAGCCACUUACUCGAAGAAAUGAUUUCCACUAGAGAGUUUUUAGCAAAACAUCAUCUUCUUUCUUCCACAGAUGUUUCCUCUUCUCGAUUUCUGAAUUUUGAUGUUCAUGACCCAGCACAAAUUAUCUGGGACAAAACAACUGUAUCACGUAUGCCUGUCCAAACUCCAGCAGCCACACUAACAUUCUUUUUCCCGGAUAGAGGAGUGAAGACCCCUUUUAUUGUCUCUUCCUUAAUGACAGAUUUUGUUUUUCCUACACAAUCUUUAUUAUUGGAGAUCUCUCAGACCCUUGACUUAUCAGCUACCACAAUGAAUUCAGUAAUUAGCGGCAUUCCAGGGGCUGGUAUUGAGUUAAGCAGGCAUUCAUUACUUUCCUGUGGAUUUCUGCUUACAACUGUAUCCAUAAGUGCAUCUCCAGUUGUUUCUACGGGGUCUCAAGAGGAUAUUGACAAAUAUUCAGCUGUUUCCUUCAUUUCAAGAAGAGAGCGCUGGAGUUUGCUGAGUUCCUCGAUGUCUCGCAUUUUUCCUGCUAAGAUAAUUAUAUCCAAACAGGUAGCCAUCUUAAACUCAUCAACUCUGCACCAACUCAGCACACAAGCUUCCAUUCCCAGUGAAUAUCAGGUUAUUACUGAGGCAUCCUGCAACCAGAGACUCACAAACAUCAAAUCACAGGCUGCUGAUUCUUUAAGAGAAUUAAGCCAAACACGUGCAACAUGUUCUAUGACUGAAAUAAAAUCCUCUCAUGAAUUCUCAGAUCAAGUUUUGCAUAGCAAACAGUCCCACUUUUAUGAGACAUUCUGGAUGAACUCAGCGAUAUUAGCCAGCUGGUAUGCACUAAUGGGAGCUCAAACUAUCACUUCUGGGCAUUCAUUUUCUUCUGCUCCUGAAAUAACACCAUCAGUGGCAUUCACAGAAGUGCCAUCUUUAUUUCCUUCUAAAAAGAGUGCAAAAAGAACAAUUUUAUCCUCAUCCUUGGAAGAAUCCAUUACUCUAUCAAGUAAUUUGGAUGUUAAUUUAUGUUUGGAUAAGACUUGUUUAUCCAUUAUCCCUUUGCAAACUGUCUCUUCAGACUUGAUGAAUUCCGAUUUGACUAUGAAACUGACUACUGAUGAUCUGUUAAUAUCAGGAAACAUUUUAAAACUAUUGAAAAUAGGACAAUAUAGUGUAACUAUGGGCCCCACUGAGGUACUAAAUCAAGACAGUUUAUCAGACUUGGAAGAAAGUAAAGGAUCUCAUAAGCAGUUCAAACCUGGUGCAAGUGAUAGUUCCCUAGAUUUUGAAUUAAAUGUAGAAAAUCAUCUGGAUGCUCCUUUAAAGAUAUAUUCAGAAACUGUACAUCCAAAUGAUCUCAGAAAUAAUCGGCCACCAUAUACAGACUCAAAGCUUGAUUUUUCAGAAGUAACCUCCAAUGUUGCAUUUUACACAGUUUCAACAACUCAAUCACUUCCAGGGCAGACCUCUUACCCCAGGUCUGUCAAGAGACCAGAUUGGCCAUAUUAUAUGGAUUAUCAGGAUUUAGCAUCUGAUUUUAAAAAAGAGGUCAGGAUUUCUUCAGAAUGGUCCAAAUGGGAACUUCAGCCUAGUAUGCAGGAACAGGAAGUUCUUACCGCCAGCUGGAGUUUUUCCAUCACUAGAUCUUUGACUUUGUCUUCACUGGAGUCCAUUCCAGCAUCUCAACAGCUGAUGAUUUCUGAUUUCAAUUGUGUCCAUUAUUAUGGAGAUUCCUACCUAGAAUUUCAGAACGUGUAUAUAAAUCCACACAAUAACAUCUCCCUAGAAUUUCAGACCUUCGGCUCCUCUGGCCUCCUGCUCUAUGGCACUCAAGACUCCAAUUUCAUUCAGCUGUUUAUUGAAAAUGGUACUUUAAAGUACCACUUUUCCUGUACUGGUGAAGCAACAUUAAAGAGUAUUAACACUACUAUUAGAGUGGAUGAUGGACAAAAGUAUACACUGAUGAUCAGGCAAGAAUUGGAUCCAUGUCGAGCUGAACUGAAUAUUCUAGGGAGGAUUAUAAAAGCAAGCAAAGUGAUCAGUCACAUAUCCGAAAAAUCCACUACAAAAUCAGGAUCUGUUUUUAUAGGUGGAUUUCCAGAUCUUCAUGGGGAAAACCAGAUUUCUGAACCAGUUGACAAUUUUACGGGCUGCAUAGAAGUUACAGAAAUCAACAACUGGGGACCUUUUAUUCCAUCAAGAGCAGUGAAAAAAUAUCACAUUGACAAUUGCAGAUUCCAGGAUUUUACCCUCUCUCCAAAAGCCUCCUACAUUGCUCCCUCUGGUGUGACACAAACAAUGGACUCGGGGAGGACUUCCCUCCGUCCCUCUCCUGCAGCGCCCUCUGCCUGCCUGGAGAGUGUGUGCCACAACGGAGGCACCUGCCGUCCCAUCUUCCUCUCCAGCGGCACAGCCUCCUUCCAUUGUGACUGCCCCCUACAUUUUACUGGCCGUUUCUGUGAAAAAGAUACAGCUUUGUUUUUACCAUCCUUCAAUGGGAAUUCCUAUUUAGAACUGCCUUUUUUUCCAACUCUGGAUGAGAUGAAGUCUGUCCUGGAGAAAGAACACAACAGGACAGUUACCAUCAACUUGACUAUAAAAACAAACACUUCAAAGGGAACAAUUCUCUACAGUAGUGAGAACAGUUUUGGAGAACAGUUUCUUCAUUUGUUUCUCGUGGAAGGAAGGCCCACAGUUAAAUACGGAUGUGGAAGUCCCGAGAAUAUCUUGACUCUUUCUGCCAAUUACAGCAUUAACACAAAUGCAUUCAUCUCUAUCAGAGUCCAUUACACAAUGCCAAUUGGCAUCCCUGGGGUUGCCUGUAUGAUUGAAAUGGCUGUAGAUGGCAAACCUCCAGUGCAGAGGAAAGACACGGAGACGUCGCCUGCCUCUCAGGUAUAUUUUGAAUCAAUGUUCCUUGGCCACGUCCCUGCGAACAUUAAGAUCCAUAAAAGCGUGGGCCAUAUUUAUGGGUUCAAAGGCUGCAUCAGAGAACUUCAAGUAAACAACAAAGAAUUCUUCAUCAUAGACAAAGCUUGGCGUGGAAUGAACAUUGAGAACUGCCACGUCCCUUGGUGUGCUCAUAAUCCAUGCCACAACAAUGGCACCUGCAUCAGUGAUAGUGAAAACUGGUUCUGUGAGUGUCCAAGACUGUACUCAGGCAAGUUAUGCCAGUUUGCAAGUUGUGAAAACAACCCAUGCGGUUACGGUGGCACCUGUGUUCCAAAAUCCGGAACAGAGAUCGUCUGCCUCUGCCCAUACGGGAGGACUGGACCCCUCUGCACUGAUGCUAUUCAUAUUACUCAGCCCAAGUUCAGUGGCACAGAUGCCUUUGGAUACACUUCCUUCUUGGCUUAUUCACGGAUCUCAGACAUCAGCUUUGAUUAUGAAUUCCGCUUGAAGUUUCGGCUGGCAAACAACCAUUCAGCACUGCAAAAUAACCUGAUAUUUUUUACUGGACAGAAGGGCCAUGGGCUGACCGGCGAUGACUUCCUGGCAGUGGGCCUGCUCCACGGCAGUGUGGUUUAUAGUUACAACCUGGGAUCUGGUACAGCAAGCGUCAGGAGUGAGCCCCUCGAUCUGAGCCUUGGAAUCCACACUGUCCGUCUAGGGAGGUUCUUCCAAAUGGGCUGGCUGAAGGUCGAUGAUCAUAAAAAUACAUCCAUCACUGCCCCAGGAAGCCUGGUCGGUCUGAAUGUCUUCAGUCAAUUUUAUGUAGGUGGCUACGGUGAAUACACCCCAGAACUCUUACCAAGUGGAGCUGAUUUUAAAAAUGGUUUUCAAGGUUGUAUUUUCAGUAUUCAAGUUCGCACUGAGAAGGCUGGUCGUUUCAGAGGCCUGGGAAAUCCUGAAGGCCACCCAAAUGCUGGGCGCAGCAUUGGCCAGUGUGAUGCCUCUCCCUGCAGUUUAAUGAAAUGUGGCAAUGGCGGCACUUGCGUAGAGCAUGGAUCUCCUGUUUAUUGCAACUGUCCCACUGGGUGGAAAGGAACAUUCUGCAUGGAGACGGUUUCCCCCUGCGAUGCUGAACAUGACCCUCCACACAACUGUAGCAGAGGAGCAACCUGUAUUUCAUUAACUCAUGGAUACACCUGCCACUGUCCCCUCGGAACCACCGGCAUCUACUGUGAACAAGCUUUAUCUAUAAGUGAUCCAUCUUUCAGGAGUAAUGAAUUAUCCUGGAUGUCUUUUGCUUCUUUUCCUAUUCGUAAAAAGACGCAUAUUCAAUUGCAAUUUCAGCCUCUUGCUGCAGAUGGUAUCCUAUUCUACGCUGCACAACAUUUAAAAGCACAAUCAGGUGAUUUUUUAUGUAUCUCUUUAACAAAUGGUUUUGUUCAACUUCGCUACAAUCUCGGUGACAGAACUAUCAUUCUAGAAACUCUCCAAAAAGUAAUUAUUAAUGGAAGUACUUGGCAUGUGAUAAAAGCGGGAAGAGUUGGUGCAGAAGGCUACCUGGAUCUAGAUGGGAUAAAUGUAACAGAAAAUGUCUCCACUAAAAUGAAUUCCCUGGACACAAAUACAGACUUCUACAUUGGAGGAGUAUCAUCCUUAAAUCUUGUAAACCCCAUGGCAAUAGCAAACGAACCUAUAGGUUUUCAAGGUUGUAUACGAGAAGUUAUUAUAAAUAAUCAAGAAUUACAAUUAACUGAAAUAGGAGCAAAAGGUGGUUCAAAUGUAGGCGACUGUGAUGGGACAGCCUGUGGAUACAACACAUGCAGAAAUGGAGGUGAAUGUCUAGUAAAUGGCACAACUUUUUCUUGCAGGUGUCUGCCAUACUGGGCUGGAAAUACAUGUAACCAGUCUGUGUAUUGUUUGAAUAACCUUUGUCUCCACCAAUCUCUAUGUAUACCUGAUCAAUCAUUGUCUUACAGUUGUCUGUGUACUUUGGGUUGGGAGGGAAGGUAUUGUGAAAAGAAAACUUCAUUUUCAAUUGCAAAAUUUACAGGAAAUUCUUACAUUAAAUACAUUGAUCCAAAUUACAGAAGGAGAAACCUUCAGUUCACUACUGUAUCCUUAAAUUUUAGUACCACUGAAACAGAAGGCCUUAUUGUAUGGAUGGGGAAAGCUCAAAAUGAAGAAAAUGAUUUUCUGGGAAUUGGUCUCUAUAAUCACACCUUGAAAAUAGCAGUUAAUUUAGGAGAAAAAAUCUCUGUACCUAUGAGCUAUAGCAAUGGCACAUUGUGCUGUAACAAAUGGCACCAUGUACUUAUAAUUCAAAGUCAGACUCUGAUCAAGGUCUACCUAGAUAACAGUCUAAUUCUUUCUGAGGAUAUUGACCCCCACAAAAAGUUUGUUGCUCUAAACUAUGAUGGUAUUUGUUACCUAGGGGGUUUUGAAUAUGGUCGAAAGGUGAAUAUUGUUACUCAAGAGAUUUUUAAAACAGGUUUUGUUGGCAAAAUUAAAGACAUAUUUUUUCAAGACAAAAAGAAAAUUGAAUUAAUUAAAUCAGAAGGAUACAAUGUUUACAAUGGAGAUGAAUAAAACUAGAUUACAUAA